CUUGAUCGGCGCUGACAGCACAGUCUCUCGGCUUUUCUGUAACUGGUGGAGAAUUUGUCUGCCCUCUUCUGCACACCAUAGUGUGACUUCGGGUAUUCUGUCGCCGCUGUCUGAUGAGAAUUAGCUGAAGUGCUGAGAACGAUGUAGUCAAAGGAGUUUACUGGAUGCCGUCUUUUAAGGGUUGGAGAUAGCUCUGUUCACGAAACGGUGAUCCUGAUGCUUUACUUAAAACCUCACGUUGAAGUAGAUGUGAUAUAUGUUGGGUAAAGGAGCAAAGCGGAAACUGGACGAGGAUGAAGACGGGCUGGAAGGCAAAGCGCUGGCGUUGGGCGGGGCGGCGGACGCGCCGUCCAAGGUGUCCUACACCCUGCAGAGGCAGACCAUCUUCAACAUCUCGCUGAUGAAGCUGUACAACCAGCGCGCGCCGACGGAGCCCAGCCUGGAGAGGCGCGUGCUCAUCAACAACGUGCUGCGCCGCAUCCAGGAGGAGCUCACGCAGGAGGGCAGCCUGCGGCCGCUCUUCUUCCCCCCCUCCGCCCCGCCCGACGACCCCGUCGACGAGGGCUUCCGGGAGGCCCAGCCCGCCUUCGGCAUGCUGUCCGUGGCGGCCGCGCCUCCCCCGCAGCCCCCCCCGGCCCCACCCCCGUCCGCCCUCUCCGACCCCGCACCCCCGGACUCCUGCCUCACCCCCGCCUCCCUGCUGGAGGACGACGCCUCCUCGUUUUGCACUUUGCCGUCCCCACACGCCGCCCAGCACUAUCACGGCCUGCCCAGGCCGCCCCCGCUGGUGGCGAAAGACAGCUUCUCCUCGGCCCUGGACGAGAUCGAGGAGCUCUGUCCGACUACCACGACGACUACUACCUCCUCCUCUGCUGUGCCGGCCCCGCACCUGCCGGCCCUCCCCCACUCGCCGUCGGUGGGCGCGGACGCAAAAGACUGCAGCAGGGCCUGCAGCCAGAAAUUUGAGGGCCUGGUCUCACAACUGGAGAGCCGGGUGGGUGUUGCUGCCGCGGCCGAGUCGAGACUGAUGGACUCCCUGCCCCCCAGCAGCCUGGACAUGAGCUCCUCGUGCUCCGCAGGGUUCCUCACAGACCUGGCCCUGGACGACAUCCUGUUUGCGGACAUAGACACCUCCAUGUAUGACUUUGACCCCUGCACCUCUGCGUCAGGGACGAGCGCCUCAAAAAUGGCGCCCGUGGUGACGGCGGACGAUCUCCUCAAGACUCUUUCCCCCUACGGCGGCAGUCCCCCGUCUGUCACCCCGAACCAGCCUUUUAAAAUGGACCUCACAGAACUGGACCACAUCAUGGAGGUUCUGGUUGGCUCUUGA